UCAUCUGUGCUGCAGUGGACAGCUCAAAACUCCAACAAACCCUGUCAAGUGACAAUUCUUCUACAGCUCUGUGCAAUUUCACCAUCACUGAGCAUGCUUGCUCCUCGGCCACAAGUCUCACACACAGCAACUUGGUCACGCUUAUGAAGUGCUCACUGGAAAGCCAAAGGGUAUACCCAGUAGAAGUCUGGAAGCUUUUCUUCCAAAAGGCUUCUCCUGCACUGGACCAGGCUCUUGAGACGCUCGCCACCAUGGCGCCCCAAAACAGCAAUCUAGCCUUGUCAUCUGCUCUUGAGGCUCUUGGAGAGGUGAAAAUUGCCAACCUCAGCCGGGAACAACUGCAGAGUGAGAAUUUGAUCAGCAGCCUGUUCCAGACACAAAUCCUUCCAUUCUUGGCCUCUCCGUCCAACAACUUCCUAUUCUGCCUGAGUUCCACCAACUUCAGCUGUGCGACGUACCGGAUUGUCAUCCAGGCAUUCGGCAACCAAACAGCAUUCAUGGACAGAGACAGACAGCAAGCAGUCUUCACUCACUUCAUCCAACCAUUCCUGUCAAGAAAUGACACAUCAGAUCCUGGCUGUGUCUCAUCUUACACAAAUAGUAAAGACUGGCUACAGGCAAACCUCGCAAGCUUCUCUGCUUUUGCCACCCUGCAGGAUAUACAAGCCCUCUAUUUCAACUUCUCAAGUGCCGAAGUUUUGUCAGAGCUCUCUUCUUCUCAGCUGGCGCAGUACGUUCAGAGCUCGGGGGCCUCAAACGACACAGACCUAAUCGACAGAGUCUUUGAGGAACUCGAGGAUGGGAACGCUCUGGAAAAUGUGGAUGAAUUCCUAACAGAGCUGACAGCAAAUGGAGAGGUCCAUGAUUUCCAACCUGCUGUGAGGGAUCACGUAAUGAAUAGGACCUUCCUCAUCAUCAGUCCACACCUCCCGCACUUCAACAAAGAUGACUAUUAUGCCUGGUUCCAUGUGAAACUGGUUUCCAAUCCUCGCUAUGUGAGUGGGAUAGCCAAAGUCUUCCCUGCGAUGCCCUUGCAUAGAAAACAAGGACUCACAGAUGUUCUUCUGGGCUACCUGACAAAUUCAGCAAGUGUCAUCAACGAACCAGUUUGCAGGCAGGGAAUUGAGAGUGAUGCCGAAUGGGUUGAAGCAAACUUGGGUCCGUUCUCCCAGUUCACAACAUACUCUGAGCUCAAAGUCUUCAACCUCUCAGGAGUGGCAGUUGUGGACGUCCUCUCCCCACAGCAGAAGGCAGAGUUCCUCCUGGAUGCAGACAGCGGCGCUUUGCUGGAUGUGGAGGUUGUGAAGGCGGUGUUCACAAGCUUGACAGAAUCUGGUGGUGAAGAGCAGCUCAAUGACUUUUUCCAGGGUUUUACCAACAUCAUCAAGCAGAAAAACAUCACCAUCGUCGCAAAUCCAGCUGCACAGGACACCAUCUUGAACCUGACCUUGACAGCCCUUGCUCCUGCUUUUGAGGAUUUUGAGCCUGAAGACUUUCAGCUGUGGUUCCAGGUCUAUUUGGCUCCCGUGAUGGCGAGCCUUCGUCCUGACAGCUUGCGGGUGAUCCCAAGGAACAUCAGCUGCGCAUCCUACAGAGAAAUUCUCAGUGGCCUUCAGCAAAGUUUGAAAUUCCUGCCGCUGGCUGUUUCGCAUGGCGUCAGAUCAAGCAUAACGUCACUCAAAGAGACAUUCACAGGUUGCUCAGGACCAGAUUCCUUCGCGUGCAAGAAGACCACAGUUGACGAGAACCUCAUCUGUGCUGCAGUGGACAGCUCAAAACUCCAACAAACCCUGUCAAGUGACAAUUCUUCUACAGCUCUGUGCAAUUUCACCAUCACUGAACAUGCUUGCUCCUCGGCCACAAGUCUCACACACAGCAACUUGGUCACGCUUAUGAAGUGCUCACUGGAAAGCCAAAGGGUAUACCCAGUAGAAGUCUGGAAGCUUUUCUUCCAAAAGGCUUCUCCUGCACUGGACCAGGCUCUUGAGACGCUCGCCACCAUGGCGCCCCAAAACAGCAAUCUAGCCUUGUCAUCUGCUCUUGAGGCUCUUGGAGAGGUGAAAAUUGCCAACCUCAGCCGGGAACAACUGCAGAGUGAGAAUUUGAUCAGCAGCCUGUUCCAGACACAAAUCCUUCCAUUCUUGGCCUCUCCGUCCAACAACUUCCUAUUCUGCCUGAGUUCCACCAACUUCAGCUGUGCGACGUACCGGAUUGUCAUCCAGGCAUUCGGCAACCAAACAGCAUUCAUGGACAGAGACAGACAGCAAGCAGUCUUCACUCACUUCAUCCAACCAUUCCUGUCAAGAAAUGACACAUCAGAUCCUGGCUGUGUCUCAUCUUACACAAAUAGUAAAGACUGGCUACAGGCAAACCUCGCAAGCUUCUCUGCUUUUGCCACCCUGCAGGAUAUACAAGCCCUCUAUUUCAACUUCUCAAGCCGAAGUUUUGUCAGAGCUCUCUUCUUCUCAGCUGGCGCAGUACGUUCAGAGCUCGGGGCCUCAAACGACACAGACCUAAUCGACAGAGUCUUUGAGGAACUCGAGGAUGGGAACGCUCUGGAAAAUGUGGAUGAAUUCCUAACAGAGCUGACAGCAAAUGGAGAGGUCCAUGAUUUCCAACCUGCUGUGAGGGAUCACGUAAUGAAUAGGACCUUCCUCAUCAUCAGUCCACACCUCCCGCACUUCAACAAAGAUGACUAUUAUGCCUGGUUCCAUGUGAAACUGGUUUCCAUCCUCGCUAGUUUCACUCCAGUGAUGCUUGAGAAGGCAACCUCAAACGUAAACUGCACAAAUUACCAUGUCAUUGUGAGUGGGAUAGCCAAAGUCUUCCCUGCGAUGCCCUUGCAUAGAAAACAAGGACUCACAGAUGUUCUUCUGGGCUACCUGACAAAUUCAGCAAGUGUCAUCAACGAACCAGUUUGCAGGCAGGGAAUUGAGAGUGAUGCCGAAUGGGUUGAAGCAAACUUGGGUCCGUUCUCCCAGUUCACAACAUACUCUGAGCUCAAAGUCUUCAACCUCUCAGGAGUGGCAGUUGUGGACGUCCUCUCCCCACAGCAGAAGGCAGAGUUCCUCCUGGAUGCAGACAGCGGCGCUUUGCUGGAUGUGGAGGUUGUGAAGGCGGUGUUCACAAGCUUGACACAAUCUGGUGGUGAAGAGCAGCUCAAUGACUUUUUCCAGGGUUUUACCAACAUCAUCAAGCAGAAAAACAUCACCAUCGUCGCAAAUCCAGCUGCACAGGACACCAUCUUGAACCUGACCUUGACAGCCCUUGCUCCUGCUUUUGAGGAUUUUGAGCCUGAAGACUUUCAGCUGUGGUUCCAGGUCUAUUUGGCUCCCGUGAUGGCGAGCCUUCGUCCUGACAGCUUGCGGGUGAUCCCAAGGAACAUCAGCUGCGCAUCCUACAGAGAAAUUCUCAGUGGCCUUCAGCAAAGUUUGAAAUUCCUGCCGCUGGCUGUUUCGCAUGGCGUCAGAUCAAGCAUAACGUCACUCAAAGAGACAUUCACAGGUUGCUCAGGACCAGAUUCCUUCGCGUGCAAGAAGACCACAGUUGACGAGAACCUCAUCUGUGCUGCAGUGGACAGCUCAAAACUCCAACAAACCCUGUCAAGUGACAAUUCUUCUACAGCUCUGUGCAAUUUCACCAUCACUGAACAUGCUUGCUCCUCGGCCACAAGUCUCACACACAGCAACUUGGUCACGCUUAUGAAGUGCUCACUGGAAAGCCAAAGGGUAUACCCAGUAGAAGUCUGGAAGCUUUUCUUCCAAAAGGCUUCUCCUGCACUGGACCAGGCUCUUGAGACGCUCGCCACCAUGGCGCCCCAAAACAGCAAUCUAGCCUUGUCAUCUGCUCUUGAGGCUCUUGGAGAGGUGAAAAUUGCCAACCUCAGCCGGGAACAACUGCAGAGUGAGAAUUUGAUCAGCAGCCUGUUCCAGACACAAAUCCUUCCAUUCUUGGCCUCUCCGUCCAACAACUUCCUAUUCUGCCUGAGUUCCACCAACUUCAGCUGUGCGACGUACCGGAUUGUCAUCCAGGCAUUCGGCAACCAAACAGCAUUCAUGGACAGAGACAGACAGCAAGCAGUCUUCACUCACUUCAUCCAACCAUUCCUGUCAAGAAAUGACACAUCAGAUCCUGGCUGUGUCUCAUCUUACACAAAUAGUAAAGACUGGCUACAGGCAAACCUCGCAAGCUUCUCUGCUUUUGCCACCCUGCAGGAUAUACAGGCCCUCUAUUUCAACUUCUCAAGUGCCGAAGGUUUGUCAGAGCUCUCUUCUUCUCAGCUGGCGCAGUACGUUCAGAGCUCGGGGGCCUCAAACGACACAGACCUAAUCGACAGAGUCUUUGAGGAACUCGAGGAUGGGAACGCUCUGGAAAAUGUGGAUGAAUUCCUAACAGAGCUGACAGCAAAUGGAGAGGUCCAUGAUUUCCAACCUGCUGUGAGGGAUCACGUAAUGAAUAGGACCUUCCUCAUCAUCAGUCCACACCUCCCGCACUUCAACAAAGAUGACUAUUAUGCCUGGUUCCAUGUGAAACUGGUUUCCAUCCUCGCUAGUUUCACUCCAGUGAUGCUUGAGAAGGCAACCUCAAACGUAAACUGCACAAAUUACCAUGUCAUUGUGAGUGGGGUAGCCAAAGUCUUCCCUGCGAUGCCCUUGCAUAGAAAACAAGGACUCACAGAUGUUCUUCUGGGCUACCUGACAAAUUCAGCAAGUGUCAUCAACGAACCAGUUUGCAGGCAGGGAAUUGAGAGUGAUGCCGAAUGGGUUGAAGCAAACUUGGGUCCGUUCUCCCAGUUCACAACAUACUCUGAGCUCAAAGUCUUCAACCUCUCAGCGGUCAGUCUACUGAACUCACUUUCGUCAGGACAAAAAGCUGAGUUCCUCCUUGAACAAAAUAACUUAGCAAAUGAGACCCUCGUGAAACUUGUUUUUGCAAGUAUUAAUUUGCCAUCACCUGUGGAAGCCCUUGGCUCUUUCUUCGACGGAUUUGUUCGUGGUUCAAAAGAGCAAAACCUGACGACCCUUGACCCCAGAGUCAGUGAGACAAUCCUCAAUCUAACAUUAAUUGCACUUCACCCAAAACUUCCUAUGCUGACUGCAGAAGACUUCAAGAUAUGGUUCCAGGUUUAUCUGCCUUUGUUCCUUCCAAGCGUCAACUCUGAAACUCUUGAAAUUAUUCCAAGAAGUAUCACCUGUAAUUCCUAUCAAGAGAUUGUCAAGGGGUUAGACAACAUUUUCAGCAAACUCUCUGAAAGGCAGACGCAGCAAGUUUUUACAUUCACAACCGACUACCUUAAGAGACAGUCCUCCUCAGGUUUCGCCUGUGUUGAAUUUGUGAAUGAUGACAGACUGUGGCUUAAGGACAACUUUGGACAGUUCGUUGUGCAUGCCGCCUACAAAGAUUUUGUGACCCUGAAGAAGAAUUUCAAUGGAGUGGCAGUUGCAGAUCUUCUCACUCUCAAUCAGUUGGCUCAGCUUGCAGCAACCCCCUCACAGCUGAACAAGACACAAGAUGUGACAAAAGUCAUGGCAGUCAUCAACCCAGUUGACUUUGCUGCUUUCUUUAACUUUGUCUCACCAGCCAUUGAGGCCAACCCAGACAGCUACACAGACGAGGUGAAAUCUGCCUUCCUCCAGGAAGUUUUCAAAAGAGGAAAUCUGUCCUCUCCAGCUGUCAGUGACAAAGAGUUCCUGCUGUGGCUCAGGGUUCGACUGAGCCCUCUCCUGGUCAACCUCGCCCCCACCCUGGUGACACCCUUAUUCAACAUCAAGAUGGGCAGGAGUUGCAACAUCAGCCAAGAGAUGAUUAUACUGCUGGACAAACUGCAAAUGACACUCAGCAAUAAGACACAACAGGAGAUCUACAGAAAUAUCCUCCUCUUUCUCCAAGGUCCACCACAACUGAAGUGCUACAGUGAUGGAAGCUUCUACAAAUAUCUGAGAAAUACAUUCCUCGAUUUUGGCUUUCCAGAUGUGUCUAUGUUCUUGUCACUUCUGCCACCAACACGUGAAUCAGAGCUCCUAAGCACCAUCAGCACCUCAGAGCUCCAUCAGUUCCUCAGCCAACCCAAUGUGAUCAGUAACAAAUCUGACAUCUGUGUCAUCUUCAACAACUACAACAACACCUUUACCUUCCUGGAAACUGAGGACAUUCGAGAUGAUUUGAAGAUGGUGAUCCUCCCUUGUGUUUGGCCCUUGGCCCUGAGCAGCAGCAGCAGAUCUGAAGCUGAUUCCUGGUUCGAUCUACGGUUGAAGGACUAUCUUAGAUUCCUAAGAAAAAGCAUGAUCAACUUCAGCAUGGUGCAGAAUGCUACAUGCUUUGCUUUUCAGAAGCUGGUCACUGUAAUGGGGAAUAACUUCACAUACAGUGGUUCUGAUUUUGGACAAGAGGAUGUGUAUGCCACCAUCAAUACCUACUUGAGAGUUGGCUCUGGAGCCAGAUGCUACAAUGCCAGGGAUGCAGAAUUGAACUCUACCGCCUGGUUUGACGAUAACAUCGGCAGCUUCGUGACAUAUAUCACCCUGAAUGAUCUCACAGCCUUUGUCUCCACCACUCAGAUCCAAGCAUUCCUGGAGAAUCAAGCAAACCUGGAGCUCUUCAACAACUCAGCAAUCCCAGAGAACGUAACCGAUUACUACAUCGCACAGCUCUUUGCUUUCAACCCAGCUUUCAGUCCCGUGAAACUUCCAGGCCUUCUCCUGUGCUCUUCUGAGGUCCCAGCUUUGGCCUAUUCUCCUUUGAAUGAAGCUGAUACCAUAGUUGUCUUGAACAAGUUGGAGGAAUUCUGUAAUGAAAGCAAGGAUCCUGAGGUGUCUGCUGCUCUGGCCUCCAACAUCAACACCAUCACAACACAGACAUUUGUAGCUCUCGGCAGUUCAAGUGCAGGCCUGACCACCAGCCAGAUCGCUUCAGUCCCCCCAUCAGUGCUGGUUUCCUCUUUGACCACCCUGGCCUCAGUCAGCACCUGGAGUCAGGACCAAGCCACCACAAUUGUCCAAAUCAUUACCUCCUCAGGCUUCCAGAUCAACAGUGGAGCCGCCCUGGAAUCACUCGGCACACUCGUUGUUGGAGUACCUUCUGAGUUGAUAGAGAAAGUCGCAUCUUCUGAGCUUCUCAGUGUCUCCAAAAACUUAGCAUUUGUCUCCAACCUGCUGGCUGCCCCAACUGUUGUCCAACAGGCCUUCGUCAAAAAGAUCAUUUCUGUGGACACAAAUCCAGCCAAAGUGGUACAGAAUGUCCCCGAUGCCAUGGCAAGUCAGAUCCCAGUGUCCACGCUGCUGUUUUCUGAGGAGACUGUGAACUUUGAUGUGAUCAACAGGAAGACAUGGACACAAGAUCAGAGUGCUAUGUUUUUUGGAUUACUGGCUACAAAAAAUGUGGACAUUGAGCAACUUUCUCCUUCAGUACUGCAAGGCUUCACAUGCACAUCGGUGAACAAAAUGACAACAGAAAAGAUCCAAGGGCUAGUCCGAGCCAGCAGGCCAAGGAGAGGCAGGGCUAAGGUGAACCUGAAGGAAUCACAGCUGACUUGCAUGUACAACCUGCUCAGUGAAGGCCUCUCACAGAACUUCACAGAUUAUCCUUCAGACAUGCUUCUCUUCUUCAGCAACACAGAUGUCAAGAAAAACAACUGCAGAUCAUACCUUUCUGCUGUGGGUGCUGCAGACUUCUCUGUGGCCUCCACUGUUUUGAACAAGGGUUCUCAGCUGCUCAGUGAAGCCAGGACCUGCUUGGACAUAAAUGGCUCGAAUCUGAGUCGAGACAUUGUGGAAGUUCUUGGAAACAUGGCCUGCACACUGGAUAGCUCUUACAUAGAGAACGGAGAUCCUUUAAUUCUGGAGAAACUCAAAGCCUGCAAGGACUUCUCUGACAGUCAGGUGGCUGCUAUGGAGAACCUCCUCCUGUCUGGGAAAACACAAUACGGCAUUUACACAACCUGGAAUGAGCAAACACUGGAAAACCUUGGGAUCCUUCCUCUGUAUUUCACAAGAAACGUCUGGGGCCAGUUCAAAACUACAACAAAGAAAAAGUUCCUUAAGUCCUUCAUGUCCAAUCUGAGGAAAGCAAAGACAGAGAAGAAGAAGCUCAAGAGACUGUUUAAGCAGCUCAGCCCUGUCAUUGCAAAACGCGGAGCAGGUUGCACCGUGGGCAACAUCACGCAGGUGACAGUGAGCGACCCUUCCUUCCCAUUCGGCUACGACCUGACGCAAUUUGACCUCUGCCUGGACGUCCCUGUUCUGAAGGAGAACCUCAACUCUAUCUGCGAGAAAGUGAAUGACGAUGACUUCCAGAAAAUCAUUCUGAGGAAACUCAAUGAGGCAUUCCCAUCGGGGGUUUCUGAUCAGGAAGUCCAAGUGCUUGGCUCAGUGUCUCGUGUGGCAUCACUUAAUGACAUCUCUAAGUGGAACAUCACCAAAAUUGACACCCUGGCAGCUCUCAUGGAGUCUGAAGAUGGACCCUGGGAGGCAGCAAAGAGCAAAGAAAUCAUCAACAAGUACCUGAAUACGUCCGGUACCUCCCUGGGCAGCACUGAACUGAACGUAAUUGACUCCAACCUGUGCUCAUUGGACACCAGUACGCUGAUGACCAUCAGCACAGACAGUAUCAGAAAUGCAAACCUUCUGAAUGUGGCACCGUGUUCGAUCGAACAGAAGAGAGUCCUGUAUCAAAUCAGCAACAUUUCAUUCAGCUCACUGCUGGCCAGUUCCAGCCGCUGUUAUAACUUAAUUAAGUCCUACCUAGGUGGAGCCCCUCCGAUGGACAUAGCAGCGCUUUCAACACAGGACAUCAGCAUGGAUGUGGACAUUUUGAAGAGUUUGGAUCCUGACGUGAUUGCUGGUUUGACCGUGACCGACGUGCAAGGUCUGAUGGGAAGCCAUCUGCCUGAUCUGAAGCUGUUUGAGAAUGAUACUGUGAUUCAGACUUGGGUGAACCUGCAGCUGCAGUCCGACCUGGACAAAUUGGGUCUGGGUCUAGUCAGCAAUAGGAUCAGCCCGACCACUGCAGUAACCAGCACCAACGGCACCACAGGGUCACAAACAGCUGCACCUAAUACAAACAGCACUGUGACAGCAACACCAGGAAACACAAAUGGCUCAAAUGUAACCCAGACACCUUUGGCAAUAACAACCCCAGCUGCUGCCACAGGUGGGUCAGCGGAGCUUGCAAAAUCACAAACGUCCCUGUUGCUGACUGCUCUGAUGUUAACCAUGCUACAUGUGCUCCACCAACCUGCCUGAAGUUGGCACCAGGAUCCUAAUCAAUAAUCAAAAUGUAUUCCCUUAAUAUUAAUAUUUGUGAUAUUUGUUCACAAUCUGUAUCUAUGUUCUUAAAGUGUGUAACUAAUGUGUAAUUGAACAGUCACAGGAAUCAAUAUAAUGUUAUAUAAUGUUUUAAGUGGUGAUGUGGGAUUUUAAUUUUGGGAAUGUUUAUAGUAACAAAUCAUUGUCAUCAUUGUUCACUUAUUGUCAGCAGUAAAGUAAUGUGUAGGAUAUGAAAACAUAUGUCAGUUUUACUCUUCUAACUGUUGUACCUUAAUCUCUAUUGUUACAUUCUAAAUUAAUAAAUGCAUACUAUCUGUGUGAA